ACAUGUAUAUACAUAAAAAAUUGAAGACAAGCAGCAGUCGCCCACGGAAAUACAUCGUGACGUCAUGUCUAGGAUGCCUCUUCUGUUUUUAGAUGCACUUUUAGAUGCAGUUUCUAAAAUAGCAGCUGUAUAUGAAAACAUAUAAAAUGGGUCGAUUUGUUAUGAAAUUUAACUGAAGGGGGGAGGACUAACUAAACGGUUGGGUUUCUUGGAAGACAACGUGUACAUCAGUGUUGUACAUGUAGACUCGAGUAAUUUUAUUGUGAGACUGUACCUGACUUCGGCACUGACGUAGGUUUAUCACUCACACUAAUCCAUGCAGACCUACUUUAGUUUAAUAAAAGUUAUAGCAGUAUUAUCCCUAUUCAUAAUUAUACACAACGAGUAUUGUAAGUUCCCACUGCACGGAAAUCGAACGGACGUUCCCUUUAAUGAAAAAUUCGACACUUUAUCAUUUUGUACUUCGGAUCACUUUCACCAUGGAACUAUAUAACACAUGCUUUCACCAGUCCCCACAGCGGUGUGACGCUGACGUGUCGUUCAGAUGGCCUGCAGCCUACAGGGCCCAUGUUUCUGCCGCUCACUGUACAACGAGGCACGGUUGGGAAUGCAUGCAUAUGAACCAGACCUUGUUCCACUGUCUGCGCAAAAAUUCCCAAGGAACUUCUUGCCUCUUGGCCGGCUUUGAGGCACCUUCGUACGAGUAAAGUAGUAAUGCCAGCUGCACGUGCUCUACUGUGUUCACGGUCUAAUCCAAUAACGCCCUUCAUAACUUGUGCAUUUGCUACACAUGUUCAAGCCUGCAGGGCAAUCGAGCCGCGGCAUAAUUCUUGUAGUCUGGUCACGGAAGAGCCAAUUGGCUUCAGGCUUAAUACUUGGCUCGACGGGCCGUAACGUCCUUCAACUGAGCGGCGCAUAAUGGUGCCAUGCCCCGUGUGGGCAAAAACAACCGAGUAGGAUCGCUGAAGUGGUGAGGUCUGUCAUUUUCGCAUAAAAAUCGACUACUGACCUGCUGAAGUCAACGUGCGAGAUUUGCGUUGUAUGACAGCGAUAUCAUGUGCUCUCCUGAGUUUGUUCUUCGUCAGAGCUCUACCAAUUACUGAGUACCUCACAGCCUGCAGUUCAUAAUGAGCAAUGUCUCCAUGCGGUGUGUUCUGUUCGGUCUGGCCAUGAUGGCCUUGGCGUUGUUUGUCGGCAUUCAACGUUUUGGUCUUCCUGCUGUUCUCGCCAGAGGACCUAUUCCAGUCAAGAAGCUGCAUGCCAAGCGAGGAAAGGACCCGCUCCAUGAGAAAAGUGGAAGUGAUAGAUCGUGCAAUAACCAGACUUGUUUAUGGGAUGAAGAGCAGUUGUACCGGAAGAGUCUAGUGUGGGAUAUGUGCCAUGCCAUCCACGCUGAAGGAAACACCCACAACUACCCGCCUCUACGCUACCGUCUGUCCAGGGAUACACCGCGGCAGGCGUCCUUGUUCAGUCACUUCUUGGUCAUCGAGUCGAUGAAGCUGAUUUACUGCUUCAUCCCCAAAGUGAGUUGCACAAGCUGGAAGCGUCUACUCCUUUUCAUGAGUGGGAAAUAUAACUCCAUGAAAGACAUAGGUCAGUGGCAAACCCACGUCCUUGCCCUCAAAGAAUUCCGUGUUCUUUCUUCAUAUUCCGUCGAAGACAUCGAAAAUCUGUUGGCGACAUACAGGACGUUCGUCUUCGUUCGGAACCCUUUCGAGAGGAUCCUGUCGGCCUAUCAGGAUAAAUUUCAGGAGGACUAUCCGGCGAGCAAACUCACCCGGAAGCAGUACAGCGAGAGAAUCAUCCGACAGACAGGUGGCUCGCCGGAAAAUGUGCAGAAACUGUUGACGACCCAGAGACGGAAAGACGGAACCCUGAACGUCACCUUCUGGCAGUUUGUGAGAUUUGUGUCUAGCCUGGACGGCCCACGGACCAAACAGUACAUGAAUGAUCACUGGGCUCAGAUGUAUCAGAUGUGUCAUCCGUGUCUGGUGGAUUACGACUGGAUCGGACACUACGACUCUUUGCGGAUUGACGCCGAUUCGAUUUUAACGGCCGCCGGGUUUGACCCCCAGUUCCGAUUCCCAAAUUUCACCACGAACCCCACGGGCAGCUCGAACGAAGACACGCUGCUGCGUUACUAUUCCACGUUGACUACUUCGGAAAUCGAAGCUCUGUACAAAUAUUAUGAACUUGAUUUUAGCCUCUUCGGUUUUGAUAUCCCAAGGACUAUAAGAAAUCUACUCAACAGCAGAGGGCGCAGUGACAACUAUACUCUGAACGGUCGAACGAAUUUCGCUAUCACCUCAAGUUAGUUUGGAGGAGACUGGGGCCAGUUGUUAAAAAUAUCGCACUCUGCACAUGAUGAGUAGUUUAUUUUUCUCCCCAUGGAAGCUGAAGAUAUCAGCUAUAAAAAAAUCGGCCACAAUUUUCAACCGUUAAACAGUGAUCGCAGGUGAUAUUGAGUUGUUACAAAGUGUUGGAUAGGCCCUACUUGGCGCCACUUUGUCACAAAAAUACGUAGGCCUAUGCACACUCACAUGCCCAAGAAAAGAUAAUAUGCGUUUGGAAUUCCGAGCAUUAUCCUUUCCAUUUUCUUGCUUUAAAUAUUUUAUAUAGGGUCAACCAUAGCCUGUCAAUCAAGAUUACUUCACAGGUCUGUGACUUUUGGCUCCAAAAUCUUACAAACAUAAAUUUUGGGGGAAAAAGAGAAAAUAGAGAACUCCACAUCUGCUUCGGUUAUGCAUAUUUUAAUUCAUGUGUUCAACUUGACAUUUGUGAGUUUUUAAAAGUAUUUAUACAUUACGCUGGGUUAGUAGUGAUAUAACUUGUAAUACCUUGAAAUACCGGACAUUGGUUGAUAUCAGGAAAACUUAUUUGUUUUAAACUGGUGUUCAUACUAUAACAAUAAAACAGUGAAUCAAAUUACAGCUCUGCAAAAGAGCGAACUACAUAUACAUUGUAUUUUGAAACGAAAAGAAUACUUGGGGAUUCGCAAUUUUUGUUGUACACAAAAUACUGAGGAAACUCGACUUGAAUAAAGGCUAUAAUCGUGGAUCUAGA